GAGUGGGAGGGAGGGAGGGCGGGCUGGCAGGAGGGAGAGAAGAAGGGAGACUCAGAGGCCAAGGCCAGUGAGGACUCCCCUUGGGAUCACACUGAACUCGCCACACCACUAAGGUGGCUGAACCCUCUGCAUCAACAAGCCCAGGUUCAACCCCAGUGUCCCCAUGGAUUUUCCUGGCCUAGGGGCCCUGGGGACCUCAGAACCCUUGCCCCAGUUUGUGGAUUCUGCCCUGGUGUCCUCAACAUCAGAUUCGGCGGGUUUCUUUUCCUCUGGGCCCGAGGGUUUGGAUGCAGCAUCUUCUUCCACUUCCCCAAAUGCAGCCACAGCCGCAGCGUCGGCACUGGCCUACUACAGAGAAGCUGAGGCCUACAGACACUCCCCAGUCUUUCAGGUGUAUCCACUGCUCAACAGUAUGGAGGGAAUUCCCGGGGGCUCACCUUAUGCUAGCUGGGCCUAUGGCAAGACAGCACUCUACCCUGCCUCAACUGUGUGCCCCAGCCACGAGGAUGCCCCUUCCCAGGCCCUGGAAGACCCGGAAGGGAAGAGCAACAACACGUUCUUGGAAACCUUGAAGACUGAGCGGCUGAGUCCAGACCUCCUGACCCUGGGGACUGCACUGCCUGCAUCGCUCCCUGUCACCAGCAGUGCUUAUGGGGGAGCUGACUUUCCCAGUCCUUUCUUCUCUCCCACUGGGAGCCCUCUCAGCUCAGCAGCCUAUUCUUCCCCUAAGUUUCAUGGAAGCCUGCCAUUGGCCCCUUGUGAGGCCAGAGAGUGUGUGAACUGUGGAGCAACGGCUACUCCACUGUGGCGGAGGGACAGGACAGGUCACUACCUGUGCAAUGCCUGUGGCUUGUAUCACAAGAUGAAUGGUCAGAACCGGCCUCUCAUCCGGCCCAAGAAGCGAAUGAUUGUCAGCAAACGGGCAGGCACCCAAUGCACUAACUGUCAAACGACCACUACAACACUCUGGCGGAGGAAUGCCAGUGGAGAUCCGGUGUGCAAUGCCUGCGGCCUCUAUUUCAAGCUCCAUCAGGUGAACCGCCCACUGACCAUGAGGAAAGAUGGAAUCCAGACAAGGAACCGCAAGGCAUCCGGCAAAGGGAAAAAGAAGCGGGGGUCGAAUCUGGCAGGAGCAGGAGCAGCUGAAGGACCAGCUGGUGGCUUCAUGGUGGUAGCUGGUGGCAGCACUAGUGGGAAUUGUGGGGAGGUGGCCUCAGGCUUGACACUGGGCACUGCAGGUACUGCCCAUCUUUACCAGGGCCUGGGACCUGUGGUGCUGUCAGGGCCUGUCAGCCAUCUUAUGCCUUUCCCUGGACCUCUGCUGGGAUCGCCUACGACCUCUUUCCCCACAGGUCCUGUGCCUACCACCAGCAGCACCAGUGUAAUAGCCCCACUCAGUUCUUGAAGGUACACAGAAUGGCCUUGACCUUGUGGCAGAGGAGAUCCCCUCCCCUUUUAUGGAGACAGGAUCUUCUGUAGCUAUGUAGCUAUGAACUAUGUAGAUAAGGGUGAUCCCACAUUUCCCACUCUCCUGCCUCUACCUUCCGAGUACUGAGCUUAAGGCAUGUAUGGCUAUGCCUGACAUUGUCCUUCCUUUCAGUUUUGUUGUUGUUAUUGAGACAGGGUUUCACGCUGCAGCCUAGGCUGGCUUUGAAUUCCCUAUGUAGUCCAGACUAAGCUCAAGCUUGAGAUCCUCCUGCCUCAGUUCCUGAGUGCUGGGAUUACAGGGCAUGUGCUACCAUGCCCGUUUCUCCCUCCUCUUAGAGCCACCGGCCUUUACAGCCCAACCAUCUCCUUGCCCUGCAUCCUCAAAGAUUUUGUAAAAUGAAACCACCAAAGGCCUGACCUGGAGACGUGCGCUGGUAUUUGGUUAAAUAAAUGUCAGUGUCAAGUGGA